UUGCUUUUUUACGAUCUUGUUCCAUUUUUAUUAGCAGACGCACGCUACCACGCUAUGCUAUUGCUGUUCACGGAGCUCGCAUUCAUUAGCGCUAUCUUGGCUCCGUGAACGGAGCUAGUAGCGUUAGCGUUGAUAGCGCGGUAGCGAGCUGCCCGAACGCACCCAAGAUCUAUUUUUUGAUCCGUUUUCCCCGCUGCGUCCAACGACCACAAAAUCUCCGGACGAAAAUUGAAAUAUCACGUUUCCAGGAUGUGUCGCCUAAUUAUAGAAAUUAAAGGAUAAAAAAACCGGUGUUAACGGAAUGUUCGGGGAAAUCAGAAUGGCAGAUAUAUGUAGAAUCCUCGGACUCGCGCGUCGCGUGCGCAAUCAACUUACGACAUCAGUGUACCUUCCAGCUUGACGCUCUGACGUCAUAUCAAUGACGGGAUAAAACUUUCGCGAUCAUCGGCCAGAUAAAGUUUCGGCGUUCCCGCGUUCGGCACUCAUUCGUGCAUUCGAGCUGGCACGUUGACAGUCGAAGUUUCGCGGUGCGAUCGUCCGCCCGGUGUUGCGAUACCGAAUUGACAAGUGCUGGCGAAAUUGUCAGAGUUUUUUACAGACCGCGAUCGCUUCGCAUCCUGGACAGCUGAAUACGCUCGAAGAUGAUCGACAUGAAAGAAUUGGACGAGUGCUACAGAGUCGCUGAGGAAUUGGUCCUAUAUGCAGGAAAGGUAAUAGAAGAUGGCAUUAAUACGAAAAAGAGCACCAAAAUUAAGGGGAUCGAUUGGGAUCUGGUCACAGAAUAUGACCGCAAGAUAGAGGACAAAUUAAUAAAACAAUUGUCCGCGCAAUUUCCAUCCCACAAAUUUAUCGGCGAAGAAACGGUGGCGAAAGAAGAUCGUCUGCCACAGCUGACCAAUGAUCCUACGUGGAUAAUAGACCCGAUAGACGGCACCACGAAUUUUGUGCACCGUUUUCCACACACGUGCAUCUCCGUGGCGUUGCUCGUGGACAAAAAAGUGGAAAUCGGCAUAAUAUACAAUCCUCUCAUGAGGCAAUUUUUCUCCGCGAGAAGGCACUGUGGCGCCUUUCUUAAUGGCAAGCCUAUAAAAACGUCAGACGUAAAAGAUGUAUCUCAAUCAUUAGUGGCUAUGGAGCCAUGGCUCGCGAAAGAUCCGCAGCAUUUGGCCAGCGUGUACAGCAGAAUGCAUGCUUUGAUACAAAACACUCAUGGGAUACGAUCACUAGGAACAGCAGCACUCACGUUGUGCUACGUAGCAAUGGGAGCUGUGGAAGCAUAUCAUAUUGAAGGCAUAGAUGCUUGGGACGUUGCAGCCGGAAAAUUAAUAAUUGAAGAAGCAGGUGGAAUUAUAAUUGAUACUGCUGGAGGAGAACUUGACAUAAUGACGCCAAAAGUUAUAGCUGCGUGUAAUCAGCAAAUUUCACAGCAACUUGUAGAUCUCUUCAAAAAAGCUGAUUCCAAUGUACUUAAUAAGAACUUGACUUGAUUAAAAUAAAUGUUUAACUGACAUAUACAAUGUAUAUUCUAUAUCACGUUAUGCAAUAUAUGUUGUAUGUCAUAUUACACUAUUAUGCAGACUUAAAAACACAGUAUUAUUAAGAGUGGCUAAACAAAGUUGUAUUAUAUUUAUAAAAAUUGUAUGCUAGAACUGAGAUGUCUUGCAAAUAUAAUUAUAAUACUUUUUGUUAA